CACGACCUCCAAUGCCCCGGUCUACUGCAUCUUCGGCCCAAGGUAGCAGCGUUCGACCAUGGAUCCCGAAUUCGAAGGGCGGGUGCUUGUCAUCGCCAACCGACUGCCCAUCACCAUCAAAGACCACCAUGACGGGAAUUUCGAAUACAACAUAUCCUCAGGCGGCCUGGUCUCUGGACUGAGGAGUCUGGCCAAAGCUGUCGAUUUCAAGUGGUUUGGCUGGCCCGGAAUUGACAUCCACCGAAAUGACAAAGACAAAAUCAGACGCGAUCUCCAGGAUAAGUACCAUGCUUAUCCCAUUUUCCUGAACCACGAACUAGCUGAAAGUCACUACAAUGGAUUCUCUAAUUCUGUGUUAUGGCCGCUGCUACAUAGAAUGCCGGAAAAAGUCGGUGCAGAAGAGAGCUGGUCAAAAGCAUACCAGGAAGUCAACGAGAUCUUCGCCGACAACAUCGUCCCGAUGGUAGAAGACAAUGACCUCAUCUGGGUCCACGAUUAUCACUUGAUGCUUCUUCCCGGUAUCUUGCGUUCUCGACUAGAGAAGAAGAAAGGCCUCCGCAUAGGGUUCUUCUUGCACACGCCGUUUCCCACCGACGACUUUUUUACCAUCCUGCCCUUCCGCGAAGAAAUCUGCAGCAGCCUACUUCUUUGCGACGUUGUUGGCUUUCAUACGCAAGAAUACGCCCAAGACUUCUUGGACAGUGCUUCAGUCGUCCUGGAGGGCGUAUCAAGGUCACCGUCCGAUCUGCAUUGGGCUGGUAGGAAAGUGAUAGUCCACGGGUUCCCAAUCGGCAUCGAACCGGAAGACUUUCGAGAGAAAAUGGAGACGGAAGGCGUCAAGCGAGAACUGGCAAAAUUGCGAAAGAACUUCGAGGGUCAAAAGAUCAUCCUCGGAGUCGACCGUCUGGAUUACAUCAAGGGCAUUCCUCAAAAACUGAGAGCCUUUGACAGGUUCCUGACCGAACAUCCCGAAUGGGUGGGCAAGGUGACUCUCAUUCAGCUAGCAAUCCCUACCAGAGCCGAAGUGACUACUUAUCAACGACUGCGCGAGGAGGUGGAAAGUCUCGUUGGUCAUGUCAACGGCAAGCACGGUACAUUCUCUUUUACACCAAUCCACUAUCUGUACCGGUCUGUGAAGCCAGAACAACUGUGUGCACUCUAUGCCGUCUCGGAUGUCUGCAUCAUCUCAUCCAUCCGAGAUGGCCUCAACAUGGUGAGCUACGAAUACAUCGCUUGCCAGAACAGCUCGACGGCCGGGGUUCUCAUGAUGUCCUAUUACGCUGGUGCUGUCAAGACACUCCCCUCCUGCCUUGUCAUCAAUCCGUGGGACAUUCCACGAUUCGCAAAUGCGAUCGAGGACUCGCUGAAUAUGCCCGAGGGGGAGCGCAAGCAGCGGUACAAGGAGAAUGCCGAUGUGGUCGAUCGGUACACCAGUGUUCGUUGGGGAACCACGUUUUUGAACACUCUGUACAGAAUGCAUGUUCCCUCGCAAGAGGACUUGCCCGAUCCGUCCGAGCAGAUGCAUGAGAACGACCGCCGGCAAAUAAAGAGCGCCCACCUCCUGCAGGAGAGAUCGCGAAGCAGAGGGACCAGCGAUUCUGGCAAUCCCAACGGCGCCAGCACUCCGGACCACUAAGCCAGUGCUCCAUCCUGAAUGAUUCUUUGGCGGAGGAGUUUUGAUGGCUGCCUCGAGAUAUAUAUAUGCAUAGCGAUGUUAAUCUUUCUCAUAGUCGCAGGAGUCGAGGUAGAUCAAGUUGAUAGGGUACUAGACAUAGCGACGAGGAAUGAACCGGGUAAUGGUCCCAGC